CAGGAAAUUUUUAAAAAAAGGAAAAGAAGAAUUGAGAGGAGUGGAUUAGAAACAGCUGGUAUAGACAACUUAUCUAAAGAGUUUUGACAUAAAGAAGAACAAUAAAGAAUGGAGUGAUAGCUGGUAGUGAAUAUAAUCAAAAUCUUUUUUUUUCUUUAUAAGACAAGAAAUAAAGCCUAUUUGUGUACUGACGGGAAUAAUCCAAUGGAAAGAAAAAACAAGAAGAUGAGUUGGGACUUAGUGCACAGUGGCAAGUUAACUUUAGGUGGUAGCAAGAUCAGUUUGUCCCCAGUAACAGGAGGGAGAGCAGAGCAAACAGCACUGAUGCAGGUGGGGGAUGGGAUUGGGCAGAAGGGAGCUUUUAAAGUGUAUUCUGAUGGCUUCUGUUUUCUUAAUGAAAUAGGAAGCAUAACAAAGAGCUGAGAGUGGAAAUGGCACAAGGAUGCAUUGGAGGAUCAGAGAGAGGAGUGAAAAAUUGAAUCUAGGGGUAUGGGAGAGUGAAUGGACCAGAGAGAUGUCCAGAUGCUGGGCAGCAUUAAUAACCCUUGGGCAGCAUUAACGACCCGCUUGAGGUUCAAGGUCAUAAAUUUGAAAUGAGACUGGUUGUCAUGGUUGGGUGUUUUCUCCAGCCACAUUCAGCUGCUUGGGACAGGCUGAAUGAGUUUACCAGGUGUGUGGUUUUGCCAGACAGUAUAAUAAAGGGAGGGAGGUGCAAGGGGGCUGAAGGUAUAUGUAGGUAGGGGAGUGCUUAUGUUUGACCAGCCUUGCCAGGUCUGUGCAGCCCAAUUUACAGGGAAUCCUUGCACCCUUGGUAUUUGCUCACCCUCGGCUGCCUCCAGCAAGAACCCCCUACCCUUGCGUCCUCGAUAUCUGCUCUUAGUAAUUUUCCAUCCAGUGACCUCCCCCGGCCCGAUUCUGCUAGUUGGCUAUAAACCCCCAGCUGUCUUUGCCGUAUUCUGAGUUGAGUCCGAUCUCUCUUCCCUAUUGCAGCAGCCUCGAUGCCCAUCCAAAUAGUCCUCAAUAAAGUCUGCCUUACUGUUUUAACAAGCGUCCAGUUACAUUUUUUCUUUAACAGGGGUACUAGAAGAGGUGAGCUGAGGAGGAGGAGCUGCAAUUAUAGGUCAGGGAACGUUGGCAGGCGGUGCCGCUGUUGAUGGGACCUGUGAAGGGUGAGGAGGGAGUCCCAGCUUUCAAGUUGGGUUCACAAGUUCCAUGAUUUCUGCUGGAGGCCUCCUAACCCAUCUGUGGCUUCCUCUGCCUGCGCUCAGCCAUGGCCAGCGAGAGCUCUCCUCUGUUGGCCUACCGGCUCCUGGGGGAGGAGGGGGCUGCCUUCUCUGCCAAUGGGGCCGGGGGUCCUGGAGGGCCAUCUGCCCGGAAGCUGUCCACCUUCCUGGGUGUGGUGGUGCCCACUGUCCUGUCCAUGUUCAGUAUAGUUGUCUUCCUGAGGAUUGGGUUUGUGGUGGGGCACGCUGGGCUGCUGCAGGCGUUGGCCAUGCUGCUGGUUGCCUACUUCAUCCUGGUGCUCACUGUCCUCUCGGUCUGCGCCAUCGCCACCAAUGGAGCCGUGCAGGGGGGUGGAGCCUACUUCAUGAUUAGCCGGACCCUGGGGCCUGAGGUCGGGGGCAGCAUUGGCCUCAUGUUCUACCUGGCGAACGUCUGUGGCUGUGCCGUCUCCCUGCUGGGACUCGUGGAAGCCGUGCUCGAUGUCUUCGGGGCUGAUGCCACAGGGUCCGGUGGGCUCCGGGUCCUGCCCCAGGGCUAUGGCUGGAGCCUGCUCUACGGUUCCCUGCUGCUGGGCCUCGUUGGUGGGGUCUGCACGCUGGGAGCUGGCCUCUACGCCCGGGCCUCCUUCCUUACAUUCCUGCUGGUCUCCGGCUCCCUGGCCUCCGUGCUGGUCAGCUUUGUGGCUGUGGGGCCCAGGGACAUCCCCCUGCCUCCUCGGCCUGGCCCCAAUGGCUCUUCCCUGCCACCCUGGUUUGGCCACUUCACCGGCUUUAACAGCAGCACCCUGAAGGACAACCUUGGUGCUGGCUACGCUGAGGACUACACCACGGGGGCCAUGAUGACCUUUGCCAGCGUCUUUGCUGUCCUCUUUAAUGGCUGCACAGGCAUCAUGGCUGGGGCCAACAUGUCAGGAGAGCUGAAGGACCCCAGCCGGGCGAUUCCCCUGGGCACGAUUAUCGCUGUCGCCUAUACCUUUUUCAUCUAUAUCCUGCUUUUCUUCCUCUCCAGCUUCACCUGUGACAGGACCCUGCUGCAAAAAGACUAUGGGUUCUUCCGUGCCAUCAGCCUGUGGCCACCAUUGGUGUUGAUUGGCAUCUAUGCCACGUCACUCUCGGCAUCCAUGAGCUCACUCAUAGGCGCCUCUCGCAUCCUCCACGCCCUGGCCCGGGAUGACCUCUUUGGAGUGAUCUUGGCACCAGCCAAGGUUGUGUCCCGAGGGGGAAACCCCUGGGGGGCUGUACUGUAUUCCUGGGGCCUAGUGCAGCUGGUGCUCCUUGCUGGGAAGCUGAACACACUGGCCGCUGUAGUCACCGUCUUCUACUUGGUGGCCUAUGCUGCAGUGGACCUGUCCUGCCUGAGCUUGGAGUGGGCCUCAGCCCCCAACUUCCGCCCCACCUUCAGCCUGUUCUCCUGGCAUACCUGCCUGCUGGGCGUGGCCUCCUGUCUGCUCAUGAUGUUUCUCAUCAGCCCCGGGGCCGCCGGCGGCUCCCUGCUCCUCAUGGGCCUGCUUUCUGCCCUGCUCACGGCUCGUGGGGGCCCCAGCAGCUGGGGCUAUGUCAGCCAGGCCUUGCUUUUCCACCAGGUGCGAAAGUACCUGCUCCGGCUGGACGUCCGGAAGGAUCACGUGAAGUUCUGGCGGCCCCAGCUCCUGCUCCUGGUGGGAAACCCCCGGGGUGCCCUACCUCUGCUGCGGUUGGCCAACCAGCUCAAGAAAGGGGGACUCUACGUGCUGGGGCAUGUCACCCUGGGAGACCUCGACUCCCUGCCCUCAGACCCUGUGCAGCCACAGUACGGGGCGUGGCUGAGCCUGGUGGACCGGGCCCAGGUGAAGGCCUUUGUGGACCUGACCCUCUCACCCUCCGUGCGCCAGGGAGCUCAGCAUCUGCUGCGAAUCUCAGGCCUGGGUGGCAUGAAGCCCAACACGCUGGUUCUGGGUUUCUACGAUGACACGCCACCACAAGACCAUUUCCUGGCAGAUCCAGCUUUCUCUGAGCCUGUGGACAGCACCAGGGAGGGUGGGUCCCCAGCCUUGAGCACCUUGUUUCCUCCACCCCGGGCUCCUGGGAGUCCCCGGGCGCUCAGUCCCCAGGACUACGUGGCCACUGUGGCAGAUGCCCUCAAGAUGAACAAGAAUGUGGUUCUGGCCCGAGCCUGUGGGGACUUGCCCCCUGAGCGGCUGAGCCGGGGGUCUGGGGGGACCUCUCAGUUGCAUCACGUGGACGUGUGGCCCCUCAACCUGCUUCGGCCCCGGGGUGGGCCCGGCUACGUGGACGUCUGUGGCCUCUUCUUGCUGCAGAUGGCAACCAUCUUGGGCAUGGUGCCUGCUUGGCACAGUGCCCGGCUAAGGAUCUUCCUGUGCCUGGGGCCUCGGGAGGCCCCUGGGGCGGCCGAGGGGCGACUCCGGGCACUGCUGAGCAAACUGAGGAUCCGGGCAGAGGUGCAGGAGGUGGUGUGGGGUGAGGGGGCUGGAGCCCCGGCCCCAGAAGAGGAGGAGGAGGGGGACUUUGUGAACAGUGGGCUGGGAGACACCGAAGCAGAAGCUCUGGCACGCAGUGCCAACGCCCUCGUUCGGGCCCAGCAGGGGCGAGGGACAGGAGGAGGGCCCGGUGGGCCCGAGGCUGGCAGGGAUGACGUGGGGCCUGCCACGGCUCUCACUUUCCUAUACCUGCCUCGGCCGCCUGCGGAUCCCGCCCGCUACCCCCACUACCUGGCGCUGCUGGAGACUCUGAGCCAUGACCUCGGCCCCACGCUGCUCAUCCAUGGUGUCACCCCUGUCACCUGCACUGAUCUUUGAGGCCCCUAACUCCAGGGGUGGGUAGAGGUCCCAGGCCCUUGCCCCAUCCUGAUUCCUGGAGGAGGACGACCAGGCAGAAGAGCAGGAGGGAAGCACCGCCUCCUGCUGGCCCUGCCCUUGGGACACGGAGCCUCGCAGGGAUUUUAAGGGGAUCCUGGGCUCAGGCAUCUCCUUUGGUAGAGGGACCCCGGUGCACUAAUGUGGGGCGCUGUCCCCACCAAGCAGGGGAAGGAGUCUGCAGCCUCCCGGGCUGGCCUCCCUUCACUGGUGCCUUGGCUCGAGGGGCUGGGUCUCCUCCGCGACUCUAGGCUACCUCAGUCUCCCCAUCCUCGCCAGACUCACCGGCCCACGCGGGGUGGCGAAGUUUGUUCUGUUUUAUUUUUCUAACUCUGCUGACCAUGAAUAAAAGACCAAAAGACUA